GACUUUUGAUUUAAUACAUAUUAAUGUUUGCAGAGGCUUCCUUUUAUCAACUGAUCCCCGUGGCAUUAUUAUUGUGUUUCUGAAAACUGGAAUCUUUCAAUGAAGAAUUGUAUUAAUAAGCAAUUAUGACAUGGAAUCUUCACUAGCACCUGCUCUGCCUGAAUACUUCACACUUGAGGAUGGACCACACUUCUUUCAAGCAGGGACUCAGUUUCCCCAAAGGUGGCUUACCACUUCGAGUCAAUAUGCCGACUUUACAUGCUCCAGAAGAGAGGCUGAGAAAAUUUAAGUACCGAGGCAAAGAUGUGUCUAUGAGGCGGCAACAGAGGAUAGCAGUCAGCCUGGAACUCCGGAAGGCCAAGAAAGAUGAGCAGGCCUUAAAGAGAAGAAAUAUCGCCAAUUUCUCCACUGAUCCAGCUUCUGAACAACCAACUAAAGGGGUCAGCCUCACCCUGCAAGAAAUAAUCAAUGGUGUGAAUACCUCAGAUCCAGACCUAUGUUUCCAGGCCACCCAGGCAGCCAGGAAAAUGCUGUCCCAGGAAAAGAACCCUCCUCUAAAACUGAUUGUUGAAGCAGGGCUCAUUCCCAGGCUGGUGGAGUUCCUGAAGUUGUCACCUCAUCCCUGCUUACAGUUCGAGGCAGCCUGGGCUCUGACCAACAUUGCUUCAGGGACUUCCGAGCAGACUCAAGCUGUUGUGGAAGGUGGGGCCAUACAACCUUUGGUUGAGCUCCUGUCUUCCCCCCACAUGACUGUGUGCGAGCAGGCAGUAUGGGCCCUUGGUAAUAUAGCAGGUGAUGGCUCAGAAUUCAGAGACAUCGUUAUCUCGAGCAAUGCCAUUCCACAUCUGCUGGCCCUGGUUUCAUCAACCAUACCAAUCACGUUUCUGCGGAAUAUCACGUGGACCUUGUCCAACCUGUGCCGAAACAAAAAUCCUUACCCUUGCAAGACAGCCGUGAAGCAAAUGUUGCCUGUCCUGUCCCACCUCCUGCAGCACCAAGACAGUGAGGUUCUCUCGGAUACCUGCUGGGCCCUGUCCUACCUCACCGAUGGCUGCAAUGAGCGCAUCGGCCAAGUGGUCAACACAGGGGUCCUGCCCAGGCUGGUCCAGCUUAUGAGCAGCUCAGAGCUCAAUGUCUUGACCCCCUCUCUCCGCACAAUUGGGAACAUCGUCACAGGAACGGAUUACCAGACCCAGAUGGCCAUUGACGCGGGCAUGCUGAACGUGCUGCCCCAACUCCUGAUGCACCCCAAGUCCUCCAUCCAGAAGGAGGCAGCUUGGGCCUUGAGCAAUGUGGCUGCAGGGCCCUGCCAACACAUCCAGCGGCUGAUCGCUUGCGGCAUGCUGCCUCCCUUGGUGGCUCUGCUAAAAAAUGGAGAAUUUAAAGUCCAGAAAGAGGCUGUUUGGAUCGUGGCUAACUUCACAACUGGAGGCACCAUAGACCAGUUGAUCCACCUUGUCCACUCUGGAGUCCUGGAGCCACUAGUGAAUCUGCUUACCAUACAAGACACCAAAAUUGUUAUCAUCAUCCUUGACAUUAUCUCUUUUAUCCUCCAGGCAGCAGAGAAGCUUUCAGAGAAGGAAAAUCUGUGUCUUCUGAUAGAAGAAAUUGGUGGCAUUGAUAAAAUUGAGGCUUUGCAACUUCAUGAGAAUCCUCAGGUUGCCCUGACUGCUUUGAACAUUAUCGAGAACCAUUUUUGUGAGGGAGAAGAAAGUGGUGCAAUAUUACCAGCCCUGGACCAAGAUAAUGAAUUCUUAAACCGCUUAACAAAAAAACACCAAGGCCCCACGACUUCUAAACAAAGGACCAAACCCUAAUGGGUAACUUCUUUGAGAACCUUCUAUGAAUUGGCUUGGCAUGGGUAUAAAGCUUUUUAAACUAGAUGUUAAUAAAAUUUUCAACACAUUCACCUCCAUCUAUCAAAAAUGCUGUUAAACCACUUGCAUUUAAAAGUCAUGUGGAAUUCAUCUUCUAAGAAUAUAUAGUUUAGUGAUUACCUUUAAGGAUCUUAAAGGAAGACACUGAAAACAAUAGAAUAGUCUUAUAGCUAUCUAGACAAAUUUCCACUUGUAGGCUAGGUUUAACCAGUAAUUCUUCUAUUUCUUUCCCAUUUCCUUUUCAUUGUCAUGGAACACCUGUUAAUACAGAACAUUCUUCAGGGAAAGCUGUGUGGACAAUGAUCAAGAGGAGAAUAAGGGUAGGAUGGGAAGGACCUAGGAACACAAUAGUAGGCAGUGUUAUGAUGGAUGUGGGAUACACUUUAAGGAGGAUUGGACUUGAUCUGCAUUAUUUGAGUGUAGAGAUGGAUCAAGUUCUAUUGUGGCUCUGAAGCAUCACACCAAAAUGUCAUGCCCAAAGCAGGUCUUCAUUGGUACUUGAUAACUGAAGAAGAAAGAUGUAUGGGAGUCCAUCUAAAAUACUGCUGGAAAACUAUUCAUGUUCUCACAAACAUCUCAUUUAGUGGGGAGGACAAAUCUACAACUUAGUGGACAUUAGAUCUUCUGAUAACUAUCCUCAUCAACUUUGGGGGUGACUAUGCUUGCUGCUGAGAGCUGUUGGUGGGAUGGAAUCCUCAGUGUUUUGCUCUCCUACAUGGAAAUGGAGGGGACCCAGGAAACUCCUUUUCAAUUCCCUCUUUCGUUCAUUAGCUCAGGACAUCCUAGCUUGGUACAUCUCUGACCAAGCAGAAUCCCACCCUACAAGGACUUUGAAUCUUAGACCCAGGAAUUGAGCAUAGAAGAAACAAAUAGUGGGCAAGUGUUCAUUUACUCCAGUGGCAGGACUUUAUGCUCAGUGGAGAGGAUGCUCUUCCUGCUUCUCCAAGUCCUCCCUUUGGUCCUGUCUGCUCUCCCAUACUCCUUAUUAAAAAAUAUUCAUCCACUUAUUUAUUAGAUAGUGAGCAAUGGGAGGAGGAGAGGGAGAAGGACAAGCAGACUCUGGGCUGAGUGCAGAGCCUGAUGUAGGGCUCAAUCCCACCACCCUUAUAUCACAACAUGAGUGGAAAUCUAGAGCCACUCACUCAGUUGACUGAGACACCAAGGUGCCCCUCUUCUCCUAUGCUCUUACAACAGAUUCCCUUUUUGUUUAAAUAACCAGAAUUACUUUCUGUUGCUUGCAGCUAAAGAAUCUUAACUGAUAUACA